AUGGGCGAGACUAAAGAGCUGUCUAAGGACCUCAGGGACCAGAUUGUAGACCUGCACCAGGCUGGGAUUGGCUACAAGACCAUCAGAAAGCAGCUUGGUGAGAAGGAGACCACUGUUGGUGCCAUUAUUCAGAAGUGGAAGAAACACAAAAUGAGUAUCAGUCGCCCUCGGUCUGGGGCUCCACACAAGAUCUCGCCCCGUGGGGUAUUGAUGAUCAUGAGAAAGUCAAUUGGAAGAAAAUCAGUGGAUGCAGCCUCCAUCGAGAGCGAGAUGUACGCCCCCAUCGAGAGAGAGGUGUACGCCCCAUCGAGAAGGAGGGAAGGCUACGUGCCACUCUUCACCAACCUGGGUGUGAAAAUGGACGCCCAUCUGACCUUUGAGGCUCACAUUAAACAGCUGUGCAAGAACUCCUUUUAUCACCUCAGGAAUAUCGCCAAACUCCGCCCCACACUCACUCUCAUCCAGAAGCUCCAGUACAUUCAGAACAGCACUGCUAGGAUCCUGAUGAGGGUGCGCAAAUAUGAUCAUAUCACCCCCAUCCUGAAAUCACUACAUUGGCUCCCCGUGGAACUGAGGAUCGAAUACAAGGUCUCCCUCCUCACCCACCAGUGUAUCCAUGGAACUGCCCCUCCCUACCUCAAGGAACUCCUCACCCCUCAUACUUCCUUGCGAACCUCCCGCUCCAGCAAAGCCAACCUCCUCAAACCCCCCAGGACCAAGCUCCGUACUAUGGGAGACCGGGCUUUCUGCUCGGCUGCUCCCAGUCUGUGGAACGCUCUCCCCAACCACAUGAGAGCACCACAGACCGUGGAUGCUUUUAAAGGCCUCAAAACCCAUCUUGUUGGUCACUGUAAGGAAGUGGACAGCGCUGCGAAGACACGGCCGGUCCCAAUGUCUCCCUCUGACUUCCUGGACAAACUGAUGGGCAGAACAUCUGGAUAUGAUGCCAGGAUAAGACCAAAUUUUAAAGGUCCUCCAGUCAACGUGUCCUGUAACAUUUUCAUAAACAGCUUUGGCUCCAUUGCUGAAACCACCAUGGACUACCGUGUGAACAUCUUCCUCCGGCAGCAGUGGAAUGACCCCCGGCUCGCCUACGCUGAGUACCCCGAUGACUCUCUGGACCUGAACCCCUCUAUGUUAGACUCCAUAUGGAAACCAGACCUGUUUUUUGCCAAUGAGAAGGGGGCCCACUUUCAUGAAGUCACUACAGAUAACAAACUGCUCCGGAUAUUUAAGAAUGGGAAUGUUUUGUACUCUAUAAGACUCACAUUAACUCUGUCAUGCCCCAUGGAUCUGAAGAACUUCCCUAUGGAUGUUCAGACCUGCAUCAUGCAGCUGGAGAGCUUUGGCUACACCAUGAACGACCUGAUCUUUGAGUGGCAGGAGAAUUGGCCUGUCCAAAUUGCUGAAGGCCUUACACUGCCACAGUUCCUGCUCAAAGAUGAAUCAGACCUCAGAUACUGCACCAAGCACUACAACACAGGUAAAUUUACUUGUAUUGAAGUGCGGUUCCACCUGGAGCGUCAGAUGGGCUACUACCUGAUCCAGAUGUACAUCCCCUCUCUGCUCAUUGUCAUACUGUCCUGGGUGUCCUUCUGGAUCAACAUGGAUGCUGCCCCAGCCAGAGUGGCUCUGGGCAUCACCACGGUGCUGACCAUGACCACACAGAGCUCCGGCUCCAGGACCUCACUGCCUAAGGUCUCGUAUGUGAAGGCUAUAGACAUCUGGAUGGCAGUGUGUCUCCUGUUUGUCUUCUCUGCACUUUUGGAGUACGCUGCUGUCAACUUUGUGUCGAGACAACAUAAAGAGCUGCUGCGCUUCAGGCGGCCUCACAAGACAAACAGGAGCAAGAGCAGUGCAGUUGAUCCUGGGGAGCUAGCUGACUCCCUGCGUCGUGUUAAUGUUGACAACGGCCUCAAAGCAACACACACCCCCUAUGGAUCUAUGAGCAACAUCUACACCAGCAACCACAGGGAAGGGGAAGUGCAUGAGAGCAGACUGACCUCCACUCCAAGCAACAGCAAAGGCGUGAAGGCCAGCGCCAACAACACUGUGACUGCAUCGAAUACCCCCGCAGCCACAGCAAACCCUACCCAGAAUCCACCUGGAGCGGGUGGAAGGGGCAGAAGCAUUGAAGAGAUGAGGAAGUUAUUCAUCGACAGAGCCAAAAAGAUUGACACAGUGUCGAGGGCCGGCUUCCCUCUGGCCUUCCUCUUCUUCAACAUAUUCUACUGGGUCCUUUAUAAGAUCCUGCGACAUGAAGAUGUACAUAAGAGAUAA